AUGUCCUCCAAAUACAGUCGUGCCCUCGAAAGAUGUCGUCCUAUGCUUAUUCAGUCCCUGGACCCAACAGAAGUCCUGGAUCACCUUAUUGCUGGGGGAUAUUUUAGCAUUGAAGAAAGUCAAGUCAUUGAAACCCAGUCAACACCCCAAGCGAGAUGUAGAAAGUUUCUUGACAUACUGGCUUGGCGUGGCGAGGCGGCCUUCGAGUGUUUUUUGAACUCCCUUCCAACGCAGUACGAUUUCUUGGCCACUCAACUACGUGAAACCAUUAAAACCGGAAGCUUGACGGAUAUUCAUCAAGCGCUUCUCCAUGGUGACGUCCCCGACCGACCCUAUCCCUUUAUCGAACGUCCCAAAGUGUUGGCAGCACUUACUCAAGGUCUAGAAUGGCUGGCCUCACAGUUCGUCGUGCGGCAGACCAUCAAAGAUUUCUCUUGUGCUUCAUUGGACACAGCAAAACUGGAAUAUCCGGUUAUUGAUACUCCUACGAAUGCUUGGCUUCUCUUCUACGGAAUGGCAGGACAAGGAAAAUCCGUCAUGACCGCCGCAGCGCUCCGACAGAACCAUCAUAUUUUGGCCGAGAAAUUUUCCGGUGGUGUCAUAUGGCUGAAGGUGGGUUAUUCCCGUGUCUGCGAUUGUCUUUGUGCCGAGGCCGAGGAUCAAGUACGAGGAGUGUUGUCUAGUUUGAACGAGCACGUCAAUGAGAUUCAGUCUCCCUAUGGAACAUCCCGAUUACAGGAAGACGAUGUUAACCCUCUGAAGCUGCGCAUCAAACGGCGCCUCAUCACACGACAGUACCGGAAGUCAGAGACCUUGGAUUCUGAAAGUCCAGUCAGCCCCUCACUCUUCCUCAUAAUCCUGGACGAUGUGUGGGAUCAGAACGUUAUCACGGCGUUGGCUGACCUUCCAGCGGCUUUUAUUGUCACAUCUCGUGACGCCAAGAUCCUCCAGCGGGUGUCUGGUCCCGUCAAGCCUGUACGUACUACCAGAUUUUAA